AUGUGUGUCAAUAUGAAAAAGCGAUUCCAUCGAUCUGUUGGUUGUUUCGGAUUUAGACGUGUUCAUCUUUUUUCAAACCAAGCGAUUAACAUUGAAAACGUGCAAUCUGAAAAUCCUCCUAUUCAAAACUCUAAUCCAAAGUCUCAAACAUCUGUUAAAGAACUAAAUCCAUUAACAUCUAGUGAUCACGACCUGCUGUUAAAUACUGUGCCAAAGGAAGAUGAUGUCUCCCCAUGUUCUACUUCCCAAUCAACUGCUUCCACAGUGCAUCUUAGUAACGUAUCAUACACAAAAACUGGUGGCAUCGAAGAGAGUCGGAAAUAUUUAGUCCAUGGUUGUAAAGUUUCUGAACCUCAUGAUUUAAGUAGUCCUGAUGUCAGGAAACAGCAAUCGAUGGGAUUUCAAUCUCAUGUACUCAAUCCUUCCUAUAGUCAGGAUAAACAGGAAUCACACAAAAGUUUAACUCUCAAUUACCCUUCUGUUUCAACAUUAAUGCACAACUCUUCUGAAACAUGUAAAACUGUUGAUUUUGAUCCUCAGUACAAAAAACAGUCACAUAUUAGUAGUAGUCAUUGUGAUCGUAAUGGUGAUGUAUCAGAAAAUGUGUACAAAUACUCAUUAAACUUUCCAUCCUGUAAAAAUGUACUAAACUCUAUGACUACUAAGUGUCCAGAUAAACAAUCGAUUCGCAAGUCGUACCAUCUUGGAAUUCCUUCACAAAGGUCAAAUCAUCCUCUAAAGGUUUCUCCAUCUUUUAUGACGUCAAAUUCAAUGAACAGUCGUAAUGAUUCUUUGCUCCAUGAGUUAAAGGAUCCAUCUAGUUUCGUAUUCGCUAAUCAACAGAGAGAAAUGGUUGAGGAAUUACAAGCAACAAAAACUAUUCUUUUGAAAUUGAAACGUUUAUUAACUGAGACUCCGAUUUCGGAAAAUAGCCUUUAUUCUUCUACUUUCAAACCAACAAAUGUAUUUGACAACUCAUUACAUUCCUUCAACCUCGCCAUGUGUCAUUUUGAUACAAAUCAAAGUCGGUUUCAGUAUUUUCCCUUAGUUACUGAAGACAAUCGAAUGUUACCUUUUGCUUUCAAUAAACCAAUGAGUGGGACUGGUCUUGAAGAGCUUAUUGACAGUCUUGCUCAGCUCCAUUUUGACAAAUCAGAAAUUCUAUGCACUACCUAA